AUGGAUCAUGCUGUGCUUUGGCCCUGGGACGUCCUGAACUACCUCUACAGUUCAAACAAGCUGGAAACAUGGAUCUAUGACCCACCAGAACGAGCAUCCUUCCAUGUGACUGAAUACUGGAAAAAUGUGCAGCACCUGGAAUUCUACCAAAAGCUUGGAUUGCGGAAAGAAGAUUGGCCGCGCUGCAUUCCUUUGUCCUGGCAUGUGGACGGUGUAAAAGUGUAUCGGUCGCAGAAAGCAUGGGUGUAUAGUUUUGGAUGUUGCACUCGCAAAGGAGCUUCGAUCGACACGAAAAUGCUGUUUCUCCUUUUCCGCGAGCAGCAAAUGGCCAAACCUGCAACCCACGACGAUGUCGGGAACUUGAUUGCAUACGUGCAGCAGGUGCUCAUGACAGGUCUGUAUCCUGAUACUCAGUGGAAUGGGUCUCCAUGGCCAAUGAAUAGUGUGGAAGCUGCUAGGGCUGGAAAACCAUUUGCUGGAGGUUGGUGUGCAUACUUUGCAGCUUUCAAAGCAGACCUCGAAGCUCGGGUUUUGGUCCACAAACUGGUGAGGUAUUGGAACAGCAACAGCAUUUGCGAACAUUGCCUUGCUUCGAAAUUGCCUCAGCUAAGCUAUGGAGAUUUCACUGAUGGAGCUGCAUAUAUGCAGUAUAUGCUGAGUCACGAUGAGUUCCUGGAGCUGAACCCACCAGGCCGGCAGUCAACUUGGACUGCUGUGCCCGGGUGGACAAAAGACAGAAACCUGGAAGGAAUUGGUCCUAUCCUGAUCGGAUCCUUGCUGUCCGACCACUACGAGGAGCUGCACGACUACAAGCUUACAUUGAAGCAGCUGGACCAUUUGUUGCAGAACGAUGCUUGGCCCCACUACAAGAAAUGGAUGCGAGAUCGGAAGUUACCAAGCUGCAGCAUGCAGUUUUCCUUGAUUCGCAUUGGACGGGAGAGCUGGCAACGCUAUCCAGAAAUGGCAUCCUGUUACAAGGGAGCUGUGAUAAAGGCGAUGCUUUAUUGGAUUGCAUCGUUUCUUUUUGAACACAUGCGUGAUGAUCAACCAGAUUCGGUCUUGAGGGCCGACGUGGCCUAUGCCCUGGUGCAAUUCCACUACGUGCAGGACUCCAAUGGGCCUUGGUUGACACCGCCAAAAGCAGGAGAGAUGGCUUUGAGUGGGCGAAGGUUUUUGCUUUUGUACCAGCUGCUAGCAGUACAAGCCCAACGAGCCCAACGUCAUAUUUACAAACUGGUCCCCAAAUUCCACGUGCUUUUGCACGUGUGUUUGCGCUUACCUUUGGAGCUGCGAAACCCGAGAUACGAUCACCUCUACAUGGAGGAAGACUUCAUGAAAGAAAUUGGCCGCGUAGCAUCGCGAACGCAUGCGCGAACAAUGGGAUCCGUAACAUUACUUCGUUAUCGGGCCCUGUUGGAGUGCGGAGGUUUGGGGCCUCACAAGCAGGCCAAGAACCCUCACGGCUACCUUUGA